CAUUUUUUACAUCAAUUUUGACAGCCUCUCACAUCACACGAGUGGAUCCCACGAUUAUUACCCUUUUCUGGUUGUUACGUUGCUAUAUAUUGAGGCAACCAUUCUCGGAGAAGAAGCAGCCCUACUAAACCAAAAGACUAAUUUUAAAGUUAUGUAUCCUCUCAAGCUAAGAGCUACAAGUCAAUGGCUCCUCUCUUCAUCGUCAGCAGGCUUCCAGGAAAAACCAGCUAUAUCACAGAACAAAACAUGGCUUACAAAUAAUUUCCCAUAUGCGAAACAAUAUGCUAGAAAAUCCCAUUCAGCUCUGUCAAUCUCCAAUGCUUUGACCAGUUUGGACUUUGUCGAAAAUCAACAGACUGAAAGGAUAAAUUCAAGAUCAGCACCAAAUGCAUGCGCUUUAACUCCUUUGGGAUUCUUGGAAAGAGCUGCCAUUGUCUACGGAGAUUGUCCAUCUAUUGUUUACNAUGACACUAGCUAUACGUGGUCCGAGACACAUACGAGAUGCCUCCGACUGGCUUCUUCCAUCGUGUCGUUGGGGAUCGAAAGGGGUGAAGUUGUGUCUGUGGUUGCCCCGAAUGUGCCUGCCAUGUGCGAGCUCCAUUUCGCUAUUCCAAUGUCCGGUGCUAUUCUUAACACGAUUAAUCUUCGACUUGACGCACGUAACAUCUCCCUUUUGCUCCAACACAGCGAGUCGAAGCUUGUUUUCGUGGACCAUCAGUCGAGAUCUCUUGUUCUUGAAGCAAUAUCCAUGUUUCCUUUGAAUUGUAAACGUCCAAAUUUAGUCCUUAUCCCGGAUGAUCAUGAGAAUGCAUGGCUACGUGAGAAUGAACACGAUCAUAUUCUAUAUGAGAAACUGGUGGAAGAAGGAGAACCAGGGUUCGAUUGGGUUCGUCCUGAAAGUGAAUGGGAGCCAAUAACACUGAAUUACACCUCAGGCACCACCUCUUCUCCCAAGGGAGUGGUGCACAGCCACCGUGGAGCAUUCCUAAUGGCACUAAAUUCGUUAUUCGACUGGUCCGUGCCGAAACAGCCAGUUUACUUGUGGACACUACCCAUGUUCCAUGCCAACGGCUGGAGCUACGCAUGGGCCAUGGCCGCUGUAGGCGCCACUAAUGUGUGUCUCCGCCGAAUCGACGCUCCAUCUAUCCAUGAAGCAAUACAUAGGUACAAGGUGACACAUAUGUGUGGUGCGCCAGUGGUGCUUAACAUGUUAACCAACUAUUCUGGUGGCAAAAAGCUUGAAUCUCCUGUCCAUAUAAUGACGGCCGGGGCGCCACCGCCGGCCGCAGUGCUCAACCGGGCUGAAUCAUUGGGUUUUAUAGUUAGUCAUGGUUAUGGGUUGACGGAGACUGGUGGCCUCGUGGUGUCAUGCUCGUGGAAACGCCAGUGGAACGAAUUGUCCGCCGCAGAAAGAGCUAGGCUAAAGGCAAGACAGGGUGUGAGCAUUGUAGGAUUUUCUGAAGUCGAUGUGAUCGAGACUAAAUCGGGAAAAAGUGUAAAACGAGACGGUUCGACUAUGGGAGAAAUUGUUUUACGAGGGGCAACUAUAAUGGCUGGAUACCUAAAAGACCGUGAGGGGACAUCAAAAUGCAUGAGAAAUGGAUGGUUUUACACUGGGGAUAUUGGAGUGAUGCAC